CACUUCCGGCUCCAGCCUCCCAACCGGCCUCCGUCGCUCUCCACUUCCCUCUUCUCAGCUCUCUUCCCUUGCCCCUACUGUCUCCUUUAACAGUCACGUGAGGGAUGCGCGCGGGGGCAGCUGGGAGUAGUACUGCCGGUUGGUCAGCGUUCGGCCUCAACAUGGCGGUUCCGGCCGGGCAGUGACCAAGGUUUUGCCGUCCGAAGGACUAAGUGGUGACUCUCGGCGUCUCCACCUAUCGGGGUGGAAUGCGAGCACGCGGAGACGAGCGCUGAGGAUCGGCGGUGACGGGAAGGGGGGGUUCAGUGGAUUGUGCCCCAGAAACCGAAGCGGCGGCGCCUGUUCCUUCUACUUGUCUCUAGGCUCCAGUGCGUUCGGGGCCCCGCCCGGCCGGGCCAGGCCGGCGGGCGGCGGCGGUAGCUGCUGCAGCCGCAGGAUCACCUCUCAGGGUGGGCCGGAGGGCCGGCGCCGCCGCUGCCUCUGCCGCGGCGAUGGCCCAGUGUGUACAAUCAGUGCAGGAGCUAAUCCCGGACUCCUUCGUCCCCUGUGUCGCUGCGCUGUGCAGCGACGAAGCCGAGCGGCUCACUCGUCUCAAUCACCUCAGCUUCGCGGAGCUGCUUAAGCCCUUCUCCCGCCUCACUUCCGAGGUUCAUAUGAGAGAUCCUAAUAAUCAACUUCACGUAAUUAAAAAUUUGAAGAUAGCAGUAAGCAACAUUGUCACCCAGCCACCUCAGCCUGGAGCCAUCCGGAAGCUUUUGAAUGAUGUUGUUUCUGGCAGUCAACCUGCAGAAGGAUUAGUAGCUAAUGUGAUUACAGCAGGAGAUUAUGACCUUAACAUCAGUGCCACUACUCCAUGGUUUGAGUCUUACAGAGAAACCUUUCUUCAGUCGAUGCCAGCAUCGGAUCAUGAAUUUCUGAACCACUAUUUAGCAUGUAUGUUGGUAGCGUCAUCUAGUGAAGCUGAACCUGUGGAACAGUUUUCAAAGUUGUCACAAGAACAGCAUCGAAUUCAGCACAACAGUGAUUAUUCCUACCCCAAGUGGUUUAUACCAAAUACACUUAAAUAUUAUGUACUUUUACAUGAUGUAAGUGCAGGAAAUGAACAAAGAGCUGAAUCAAUUUAUGAAGAAAUGAAACAGAAAUAUGGAACUCAGGGUUGCUAUUUACUUAAAAUUAAUUCUCGAACGUCUAAUCGAGCAUCAGAUGAACAGAUACCAGAUCCUUGGAGUCAGUAUCUCCAGAAAAAUAGUAUUCAAAACCAGGAAUCAUAUGAAGAUGGCCCUUGUACUAUGACUUCAAAUAAGAAUUCUGAUAAUAACUUGCUUUCAUUGGAUGGAUUAGAUAACGAAGUCAAAGUAGAUGGCUUACCAAAUAACUUUAGAGCUCACCCACUUCAGUUGGACCAAUCCAGUGACCCUUCUAACAGUAUUGAUGGCCCAGAUCAUGUAAGAUCUGCUUCAUCGUUACAUGAAACAAAGAAAGGAAAUAUUGGAAUAAUUCAUGGUGCAUGUUUAACACUUACUGAUCAUGAUAGAAUUCGACAGUUUAUACAAGAGUUCACAUUUCGGGGCCUUUUGCCACAUAUAGAGAAAACAAUUAGGCAAUUAAACGAUCAGCUAAUAUCAAGAAAAGGUUUGAGUCGAUCUCUAUUUUCUGCAACUAAAAAAUGGUUUAGUGGCAGUAAAGUUCCAGAAAAGAGCAUUAAUGAGCUGAAAAAUACAUCUGGCUUGCUGUAUCCCCCAGAAGCACCAGAACUUCAAAUCAGGAAAAUGGCUGACUUAUGUUUUUUGGUGCAGCAUUAUGAUUUGGCUUACAGUUGCUAUCAUACUGCAAAGAAAGAUUUUCUUAAUGAUCAAGCAAUGCUUUAUGCAGCUGGUGCCUUGGAAAUGGCAGCAGUGUCCGCUUUUCUUCAACCAGGAGCACCUAGGCCAUAUCCUGCUCAUUACAUGGAUACAGCAAUUCAGACAUACAGGGAUAUCUGCAAGAAUAUGGUGUUGGCAGAAAGAUGUGUGUUGCUUAGUGCUGAACUUUUAAAAAGCCAAAGCAAAUAUUCAGAGGCUGCAGCUCUCCUAAUACGGUUGACCAGUGAGCAGAACACAUGGAAGGGCAUGGAUUCUGAUCUUCGAAGUGCACUUCUUUUGGAACAGGCGGCACAUUGCUUUAUAAACAUGAAAAGUCCCAUGGUUAGAAAAUAUGCAUUUCAUAUGAUAUUGGCAGGCCAUCGAUUUAGUAAAGCAGGGCAGAAAAAGCAUGCUUUACGCUGUUAUUGUCAAGCCAUGCAAGUUUAUAAAGGAAAAGGCUGGUCUCUUGCAGAGGAUCACAUUAACUUCACUAUUGGGCGCCAGUCCUAUACUCUUAGACAACUGGACAAUGCUGUGUCUGCUUUUAGGCAUAUUUUAAUCAAUGAAAGUAAACAAUCUGCUGCUCAACAAGGGGCUUUCCUCAGAGAAUAUCUUUAUGUUUACAAGAAUGUAAGUCAGCUGUCACCAGAUGGUCCUUUGCCACAGCUUCCUUUACCAUAUAUUAACAGUUCAGCAACACGGGUUUUUUUUGGCCAUGACAGACGACCAGCAGAUGGUGAAAAACAAGCAGCUACUCAUGUAAGUCUUGAUCAAGAAUAUGAUUCUGAAUCCUCUCAGCAGUGGCGAGAACUUGAGGAACAAGUUGUUUCUGUGGUUAACAAAGGAGUAAUUCCAUCCAAUUUUCAUCCCACACAAUACUGUUUGAACAGUUACUCAGAUAAUUCAAGAUUUCCACUUGCUGUUGUAGAAGAACCAAUUACAGUGGAAGUGGCUUUUAGAAACCCUUUGAAAGUUCCACUUUUGUUGACUGAUUUGUCAUUACUUUGGAAGUUUCAUCCUAAAGAUUUCAGUGAAAAGGAUAAUGAAGAAGUUAAACAACUAGUUACAAGUGAACCUGAAAUGAUUGGAACUGAAGUUAUUUCAGAGUUCUUAAUUAAUGGCGAAGAAUCAAAAGUGGCAAGACUAAAGCUCUUUCCCCAUCACAUAGGGGAGCUGCAUAUUCUGGGAGUUGUUUAUAAUCUUGGCACUAUUCAGGGCUCUAUGACAGUAGAUGGCAUUGGUGCUCUUCCCGGAUGUCACACAGGAAAAUAUUCCUUGAGUAUGUCAGUCCGAGGGAAGCAGGAUUUAGAAAUUCAAGGUCCUCGACUUAACAACACAAAAGAAGAGAAAACAUCUGUUAAAUAUGGUCCUGAUCGACGUUUAGAUCCCAUAAUCACAGAAGAAAUGCCACUGUUAGAGGUGUUCUUUAUACAUUUUCCUACAGGGCUCCUCUGUGGAGAAAUCCGAAAAGCAUAUGUAGAAUUUGUCAAUGUCAGCAAAUGUCCACUUACUGGAUUGAAGGUUGUUUCUAAACGUCCAGAGUUCUUUACUUUCGGUGGUAAUACUGCUGUUCUAACACCACUGAGUCCCUCAGCUUCUGAAAAUUGUAGUGCUUACAAGACUGUUGUGACAGAUGCUACCUCUGUGUGUACAGCACUCAUAUCAUCAGCUUCUUCUGUAGACUUUGGCAUUGGCACAGGAAGUCAACCAGAGGUGAUUCCUGUUCCCCUUCCUGACACUGUUCUUCUACCUGGAGCCUCAGUGCAGCUGCCGAUGUGGUUACGUGGGCCUGAUGAAGAAGGUGUCCAUGAAAUUAACUUUUUGUUUUACUAUGAAAGUGUCAAAAGGCAGCCAAAAAUACGGCACAGAAUAUUAAGACACACUGCGAUUAUUUGUACCAGUCGGUCUUUAAAUGUACGGGCCACUGUCUGCAGAAGUAAUUCUCUUGAAAAUGAAGAAGGCAGAGGAGGCAAUAUGCUAGUCUUUGUGGAUGUGGAAAAUACCAAUACUAGUGAAGCAGGUGUUAAGGAAUUCCAUAUAGUGCAAGUAUCAAGUAGUAGCAAACACUGGAAGUUACAGAAAUCUGUAAAUCUUUCUGAAAACAAAGAUGCCAAACUUGCCAGUAGGGAGAAGGGAAAGUUUUGCUUUAAGGCAAUCAGAUGUGAGAAAAAAGAAGCGGCCACACAGUCCUCUGAAAAAUAUACCUUUGCAGAUAUCAUCUUUGGAAAUGAACAGAUAAUAAGUUCAGCAAGCCCGUGUGCAGACUUCUUUUAUCGAAGUUUAUCUUCUGAAUUGAAAAAACCACAAGCUCACUUGCCUGUGCAUACAGAAAAACAGUCAACAGAGGAUGCUGUGAGAUUGAUUCAAAAAUGCAGUGAGGUGGAUUUGAAUAUUGUCAUAUUAUGGAAGGCAUAUGUUGUGGAAGAUAGUAAACAGCUUAUUUUGGAAGGUCAACAUCAUGUUAUUCUUCGCACUAUAGGAAAAGAAGCCUUUUCAUAUCCUCAGAAACAGGAACCACCAGAAAUGGAACUAUUGAAAUUUUUCAGGCCAGAAAACACUACAGUUUCCUCAAGACCAUCAGUAGAGCAGCUUUCUAGUCUCAUUAAAACGAGUCUUCAUUACCCAGAAUCAUUUAAUCAUCCAUUUCAUCAAAAAAGCCUUUGUUUAGUACCAGUCACCCUUUUGCUUUCCAAUUGUUCUAAGGCUGAUGUAGAUGUCAUAGUUGAUCUUCGGCAUAAAACAACAAGUCCAGAAGCACUGGAAAUCCAUGGGUCAUUCACGUGGCUUGGACAAACACAAUAUAAACUUCAACUUAAAAGCCAGGAGAUUCAUAGUCUGCAGCUGAAAGCGUGCUUUGUUCAUACAGGUGUUUAUAACCUUGGAACUCCUAGGGUAUUUGCCAAGUUAUCGGACCAAGUUACAGUGUUUGAAACAAGUCAGCAGAAUUCCAUGCCUGCCCUGAUCAUCAUCAAUAAUGUGUGACAACUUGGACAUUUGUACUGAAAUCCACGAUAAUCAGUUUGUGCUGGAUGGGCUUUACAGCAGUAUUUGAUAUACCUAACUUGUUAUGGAGGUUGAUUGAUAUCUUAUCCCUGCAAAAUACUUUGACUUGUCAUUUUGUUUAUGAUGCAAAGCACGUUGGACUGAGAAUACUUAUAUUCUUUUUCUGUAUUUCUUUAAACCCUGAGAAUAAUUUACAUGCUCAUAAUACAGGAUUUCAACAUAUCUGUGCACCUUAUUAAGCCCCAUCUUAAGAAAACACAAAGUCUAAGUCUGCUGUUACAACUUGUCAGUGGCAUAUGAAUAUUAGGAGAUGAUUCUGAGAAAGGAAAGGCGUUGGCAGUACUCCUGUUAAGCCAUUAGUCUCUAAAUUCCAGCUUUACUGUGAAGUUCUAUAGAGUGUUAAAUACAAAUUUUCCUGUCUUGCUUCACACAGUUCCUUAAAAUCAGUUUUGAACUUUGGUCAUAGAGUCUUCAUAUUUCAGUAUCUGGUGGUCCCUAUGGCUUAUACAUAACUUUGUAAAAAGAAAAAAAAUUUUUUUCUGAUGCUUUGAAUAUAGUUUUGAAAGGAGUUUUGACUUUUUUCCCCCUCAUUCAUCUCAGUAGAGUGUACUAUUUCACAAUACAAUUUUUGUCAUUAAAAUUAUCAUAUUCUUUAUUAUAUAACGUUAACAAUUGAGUUGAUCUGUUUAAAAUAUAAAUCUCAAGUUAAUUAAAAAUAAGCUUUUCAAAAAUGUAUUAUAUUUAUAACAAAUGUACUGUAAAUAGAAUAAAGACAUGCUAUUCACUGUA